AUGAUGUCUUACCUGAAACAGAUACCUUACACCUUAAACGGGCUGAGUUUGACGACCUCUGGAAUAGACCUGCUGCACCAGUCCAUGGGUUAUCAAGGUAAAUGGAAUGUGUUUUCAACAGCGAUUCCCCGUAAACAGAGGCGAGAACGCACAACAUUCACUCGCGCUCAGCUGGAGAUACUGGAGACCCUGUUCACCAGCACGCGCUAUCCGGACAUCUUCAUGCGGGAAGAAGUGGCCUUAAAAAUCAACUUACCUGAGUCUAGAGUACAGGUUUGGUUCAAAAACCGAAGAGCAAAGUGUCGCCAACAUCAGCAGCAGCAGCUACAAAACCCGAGCGGUGCGCAGACCGAGAUCAGGCUCAUGAAGAAGAAGGGUUCUCCGGUCAGAAAGGAAACUUCUGAGAGCAACACCAGCGGCCCGUUUACGAACCCAUCCAGCACCUCCUUACCGCCCAUACCCUCUAGUACAACCACACCGGUGUCCAUCUGGAGUCCGGCAUCCAUCUCUCCCAUCUCAGACCCUCUUUCUACAUCCUCAUCUUCAUGCAUGCAGAAGUCUUACCCCAUGACAUACACACAGGUGUCCGGAUACGGUCAGCCUUAUUUCAGUGGAAUGGACUGUGGCUCGUAUCUUAGCUCAAUGCAUCAGCAUCAGCUGAGUCCGGUGCAGGGUUACAGGCCCACGGGACUCGGGUUCAACACGCCCUCAGACUGCUUGGAUUACAAAGAGCAAAGCGCUUCAUGGAAGCUCAACUUCAACUCAGACUGUUCGGAUUAUAAAGAUCAGACGUCGUCUUGGAAAUUUCAGGUUUUGUAAAAUGCACAGAUAUGCAAGAAGAUACGAACCAACGCAAUUGGGAAUGUUUUCUACUACCCGGCUAACUUGAAUCCAUGCAUAGGAUGCAAAACUUGUACAUAAUUUGUCAUGCCAUU